CUCAGUAGCAACAGAAGGGCUUGUCUCCCUCCGGCGGCACAGGGCUCUGCACGGCAGCUCACCAUGCACCCCCGCGCUAAAAACCUGGCCCUUUACGCCUUCUCCAUCACGCUGCUGGGCUGGGUCUUGUACAUGAAGAAAGAGGCAAAGCUGGCGGCGUCCUCAGCGAGCCAGAGACUGGAUCCAGCAGGUCACAGCCCCACUUUGGCUCCGGGCAGGGCUGAGCCCAGCAGGUGUUUGCCGAACCUGGCCCUGGCCAAUUCUUCCGUGGCCCUCCCGGAGCUUCACCGUGUUUUCUUGACGUACAAACACUGCCGGAGCUUCCCGGUGCUGCUGAAGCCUUCGAGGUGCAGUGAGGACACCUUCCUCCUGCUGGUGAUCAAAUCCUCCCCCAUCAACAUCGAGAGGCGAGCGGCCAUCAGGAACACGUGGGGCAAGGAGAUCGCCAUCGCCGGCAGGAGCAUCAGGCUCGUGUUCCUCCUGGGGCGCUCGGAAGCCAACGUCCAGGUGCAGCCCCUGCAGCAGCUGCUGGCUUACGAGAGCCAGGAGUUUGAUGACAUCUUGCAGUGGGAUUUCCUCGACAACUUCUUCAACUUGACCCUGAAGGAGCUGCAUUUCCUGCGCUGGUUCCAGGAGGGCUGCCUGCACGCCAGCUUCGUGCUGAAGGGCGACGACGACGUCUUCGUCAACACUUACAACAUCGUGGAGUUCCUCCGGGAGCUGGACCCCGGGCGGGAUCUCUUUGUUGGGGAUGUGAUCAGCAACGCCCGGCCCAUCAGGAACACCAAGGUCAAAUACUUCAUCCCAGAGUCCAUGUACACAGCCUCCUUCUAUCCCCUCUACGCUGGUGGAGGGGGAUACGUGAUGUCCAGAGAGACCGUGCGGCGGCUGCAGAGCACCGCGGAGCACACCGAGCUCUUCCCCAUAGACGAUGUGUUUGUGGGGAUGUGUCUGGCAAAGAUGGCAGUGACCCCAAAGAACCACCCUGGCUUCAAGACUUUCGGGAUCCAAAGACCUUUCAAUCCCUUCGACCCCUGUUUGUACAAAGAGCUGAUGGUUGUGCACAAACUGAACCCCACCGAGAUGUGGAUCAUGUGGACCCUGGUGAAGGACGAGGGCAUGAGGUGUGCGGCGGCGGUGACACGCAGCCACAGCAAGGGCUGGAAAAGCAGCUCCUGAUGGGCACAGAGGGAUUGGGACUGGUGACACACACGGGGUACUUAAACUAGAAAUGAGCAGGGGUAGAAAUGUAUCCUUUACUAACAGACUGGGCUUGAGCAGGGGGGUUGUUUCGCAGUGAACCUUUCUCGGUGGGUUAUGGAGCAGUUGAAUUGGCACGGGGUGGGGAUGGGGCCGUGGCACAGGGGGCUCAGCUCGGUUCCUGGGGCCAGAGGAAGCCACAAGUGCCACAGGGAUGUGAGUGAGUGGCCACCUGCCAUGGAGGCUCUGCAGCACCAGGGCUGGUGUCUGACCACCAGCCAAAUGCAGACUUGUGGAGGGAAGUUGAUGACUAACGAGUGACAGAGCACUUGAAAUUACUUGGAGGGGUGGAACAAAGGCCAGUGUGUGCUGCUGGGUCCACUGCAGAGCAACUCCAGUGUCCCAGGCCAGCAGUCCCACAGGCCCUACCCAACAGCAGGAGGAAAGGGAGUGAAGUGGGGAAAGGAAAAACAAACCACCUCAGGAACAUAUUGCCUUAACACAGCCCCAUGAUCCAAGGGACUGGGCUCUGGCUCAAGCCCUUUGGAGUUUACAGGAGUUUAUUACAGGUUUAUUUGCACUGGAAACUUUUGCACAAACACUUUGUGAUGAGGUCUGAGAGGAGCAGUGUGUCCAGGAUGAUCAUGGUGAUAGUUGCUUUUGGUGUUUUGUUGUUGUAACGUGGGGUACAAAUAAAACACAGUGCUGAAAA